AUGGAGGGCCAGAAACAGGAGUGGAGUAGCACCCAUGCCCAGUUAUGGACCUCUUUCAAGAGGUCACAAAGGAGGAGUGACUCGGUUGAACCCAAUUCUAAUGUUAGUAUAGAAACAGUGACACCUGUGAGCUCCGUCUUUGAGCAACACCCUAUGACCGGGGAUGGUGUGGCUUCAGCUAUACUGCAUGAGGUCACGAACCGAACACGUCGUGAUGAACCAGUUUUUUCGGAGAAGCUAGGGGAUCGUAUUAUUGGGCUUAUCGAAGAUGGCAGGACAGACACCCUCGUUCGUGAGUUAUUAACCGCCAUUAUUCAUUUAAAGAAUCGCGUUGAGAAGGUGAAUAAUGAGGCUAUUUAUAGACAGGAUUCACUUAUGCAAGUGGCUAACGAAGCACUGUUGCAUUUGAGUGGUCAGAAACACGUUGAUAUUACACCUGAAGAAAUGGUUACUGAAGGCACUGAGGCCCUUGGCGUUAUAGAGAGUCGUUUUUUUGCAGUUCUUAUACAGGUAGAAAAAUGUAAAAAGACAAUAAGGGAAAUUGUGGAGAACAAUGGCUUGGAUAAUACAUUAUCUAGUGGAGCUUCAAUGCGAGAGAUGCUAGAUGCGUUAUCUUCCUCUAAAAGCCUUGCAUCAAAGUUUGAGGGCGUUGAUAACAAAGGCAACGCAACACUUUAUCAGCUAAUGAACAUACUUGGGCUUCCAUCGGGCACUACUUUGGAUCAGGCGCCAAAUUUAACAUUAAAGCUAAUGAAGGAGUUGGAAGCUCUCAGAUUAGAGAAUCACACAAAUUCUAUGCUCCUGCUUCAGUAUGAACGGGCAGUGAUGGCUAAAUUUGCUUCAUGCGGUGUCAUUUCUCCUCCUACAGUGGAACAAGAGAGAACAACUUUGACUUCUAGGGGCGAUUCCUUCUUUACACACGCUGACGACCAAUGGAUUAUGGAUCACCUGAAAAAUUUGGUUUUGGUUCUGAUGGAAGUGAAUAAAAAUCUUCACCUAAACGUGAUUCCCAAUUGGCUUUUGGGAAAACCUACAGAAGCCUCAGCGGAAGCCAUUUUAAAAUACAUGCGUACUGCUAUAGAUGGCGCCAGAGAAAUGUUACUUAUUUUAACAGGAGAUAUACUGGAAGCGAGGCAGUCCCUUCUCAAAAUGACACAAGCUUUGAGUAGUGAUAGACGUAGUAGUAAUGAUCCAAACUGGACAGCUAUGAAGGAGAAGUCUUUUCUGCAGAUUCUGCAUGGGUUGGAGUGCAUUGUUGCGGCUCAAGCUGAAAGAGAAGAUGUGGCAAAAGCUUUUUUGGAGACGUCCCAUGAGGAGACAUUGAAGGCGAUGAUGAGAAUUGCGCGCUGGUUGCCGGAAAAGGAACAAAUACAAACCAUGGAAACACUGAAUGAUGUGGACCGUUUAACGGAUUACAUGGAGGAUGCGGUGAGGUCGCUGGUCGUGGCAUCCACUGCUCAGGACCCAAUGCUUUUGCGGGUGGAAAAAUUAGCCUCCCAGAUUGCACGUUUAACGGAUCCAGUAGAUGGAGCGGCGGGGCCCAAUAUCCUCGAUCAAGCUGCCGCCGCGUCACUUGUGGACGCAGCAGAGGAACUGCGAAGGUGGGCAGCGGAAAAAUCUGGGGCAAGUAGAAGAACAGAAGAUGCCAUCAUUCAAGAAAGCCUACAUGAGCUUGCGCAACUCCUGCCGACUGGUUUACCUCCUACUUGUUCGGUGGGAGACGUUCGAAUUGAUCCUCCGGUGCACAAUAUUCUUGAUAUGGUACACUUGCUGAAGCGAAGACUUGAACAGUGGAUUCAGGAACAGCAAAAACAGCAGCUUUCCGGGGCACACAGUCGUUUAGAAAAAACCCGAGUGGGGGAGGUUGUACGGGAGCGCAGCAAUCAACUUGUGAGGAUUACGAAGGAGAUACUACUGAGUUCGGGAACCUCAAGUGACGUGGAAGGGAUACUCGGCGCAAUUUCAGCAGACGCCUUGGAGGGCCCCGGGGCAGCGUCUAACGGUGGCGCUAGCGGCGGUGGGGCGGGAGGCGCAAUUUCCUCCGUGGUCGCCAUGUUUGAUGACCUUGAGGAGCGCUUGAAACUCGUCAAGCUCCGCCAUCAUCGCCUGUCUCAGGCACACGCGGCCGAUAGGGUUCGUCUGGACAACUUGAUUCAGUCGAGCACCACGCACACGAGACGGUUUUCGCGUAUUUGUUCCUCUGUAGGGUCCAUUUGCCGUUUGGUGGGCCUCGAACACGUUGCCGUUCGGCUUGAGCAGGAGCCCAAGGCGGAAGCAGCGUCAUUGUCGUCGUCUCAGUUCGUGCUCCGUCCUGGGCAGCGAAAGACACACAUUGUCCAGCCUCUCAGUGACGCUGACAUUCUUGAGACGUUAAACCUCAUCGAGGAGCUUCUGAAAGACAACACGGCAAUAACAGAAGCCGCACAACAGAAGUCCGAGUUACUUCGCUUGAAGCAGGCGGAGGAGCAGUGGCAGGAGGAAGCUGGCACAUUCCGUCAGGCGAUGAAAAUGAUUCUACUGCGACUGGCGGAAGCGGGAAGACGCGUUAAGUCUGCCCUCUUCAUGUUGGGAACGGAUGAAUCGGCGGAGGAUGAGGUGGUGGAAAGUGUCAUACGUGAACAGCGGCGAAGCUCUGACGUCGAAGCGGGGGCAAACCAUCUUGACGGCGCGCAAGGACAACAACAACAGCAGCAACAACAGCGCGAACUGCGACAGCAAGAGGCCAGCGAGGAGUCACUGGCGUUGUUGUUGCAGAAGUUUGGUCGCUGGGCAACACGCCUGCAGGAGGCAAUGGAGGACCACCUGUACACGCAGCAAAAGUUGAGUAAUUAUUUUGCCGAUGUGCACUGCUUUUUCUGCUCAACCACGCACGCCGCGGUGGUACAAAACGCGACUGAUGAGAAUCUUAUAGAUAUUGACACUACGCUGAUGCAGUUUGCUGAUGGCAUUUUACCAGUGCUUGAUCGCGUCAUUGCUGACGCAAAGUCCACCUCAGGCAACACCAACACUGCUGAAAAAGGAGGAGGCGGAGGAGGGGGGGAAGAUGGAGUGCGUGCCAAGGCUUUGACCACGCUGCUGCGGGACGCUCCAAUAAACUGCGUGUCACCGACGAAUCACCGCCUGAUGCGUCUCUACGAGUCUGUGGGGAAGCUCCGCACCAUAGUGGAUGGUCUGUUGAGUGUGCGAUACUUGUCGAUUCCGUCGGCACGCCACCGACGCAGCGGUGGUGGCGCGGAUGAACUGAAGUUUGAUGAUGCGUGGGGUGACACCUACGUGGAGCUGGAUGUCGGAAAACUUAAGGGCACCGCCACGACGGAGGCAGGGAGUAGGGACGCGCCGACGGUAAGCGACGAUGCGCUCUUCCGCACGGUGGAGGCGAACAUUCGAAGCGUCCAUCAGGCGCUUGGCAAGUUUAGCACCAACUAUAAGCUCGCCGUCAUCUUGGUGCAGAGGGACACCGAUAUGAUGCAGCAGUUUAUCGCCGCCAUGCUGGAGCCGUACUCGGAGCUUGACGUGGACCGCGUUUUUAAGCAGGACCCCGUGGUACUGAAGGAGAUGUGUACGCUGCUCACCGAGCGCACCACGCGCCAGCGUGGCUGCUACUUCUUUAACCGUGUUGGAGGUGAAGGCCCCUGCUUGUGGGCGACGGCGUUGGAGCAGUUGAGCCUGGGUUUUGUUGGGAUUCUCGAGAAGCUGCGAAAGCGCACGCAACUGGCGAUGGAGCUGCGAGACAUUGUCGACGAUGUUGUUGAUCUUUGUGCCACCUACGUAAACUGGUUGGAGGUGAGCGGGGAAGGGGAAGCCGUCGCCGCCCGGCACCCGCUGCCGCCAGAGGUGCUUGGGGCCUGCGUGCGUGAGACCGACGACGCGGACGCGGAGGAGACUCCGGAGCGCUCAGCGCAGCAUCAGCAGCGAGGGAACAUGAAAGUUGCAAAACCACCGCUGCCGCCAAACUCGCCUCAGCCAAAGGUGUCGCACUUCCUGGAGGACGUGACGACUCUGAAGGUCAUUGCUCACAUGUUUCAACUGGUCCAGGAAGUUGCCAAUAGAGGGAAGCGGGAAGAGGGCAGCGGCGAGGACAACGAGAAGGCGGAGGCGGCAAGUAAUGGUGCUGGCGCUGGGGGAUGGGAGGGAGGAGCACGACGCGAUGGCAACUUGCAGCAGCUGGAAGAACAGGUACAGCUGCUGCGGGAGGCGGCGGCGGUGGCGGAGCAGCGCGCCACCUUGACGCUGGAGGAUUGCAAGCGCAUGGAGCAGGAACGAGAUAAGGCGCUCUCUGAGGCCGCCGUCUCGCGGGCGGAGCUUCGACGCUGGAGGCGGAGUUACGGCAUCACCGAGGAUGAGGCGCCACCACCGCCUUCGCAGCAGAAGCAGCAACCACAACAACAACAGCCCCAAUCCCAUCAGCCUCCGCUUGUUUAUCCUGCAGCUUUCACAGGGGAGGAUGUCUCCAUGCUGGCACCAGAGCAGCGUGCGCCGCGUUUCUCGCUGGAGGCUGGUUCCAGCGCCUCCGCUCCUGGCUCCCCUGUGAGGGAGGCUCUGCUGUUUCAGCUGGCGCAGUCGGUGAAGGAGCUCACGGAGGAGCUGCGUGGAGCCUCGCGCCAGGGUAACAUUCCGUCCCACCAAACCACCACAGUGGGAGCCGAUGGUGCGAAGGCGGAGACUUCCCAUGAGGGAUUCCCUCAAGCGCCAAGGAAGCAGCCACACCGCAACACGCCACCGCGCAGCUCGGGACUUGUACGGUCACCAAAGGAUGCCAUCGGCGCCGCUCCAGCGAGCGGGAGUAUAUCCCCGCGAUCCGCGCCCUCGUCGCUGUUGUUGCCAAGCAGACGCGACAACCUCUCGCCCCCGGACAGGGACACUUGGUCGCACACCAUGCAGCAUCAUCAACAGCAGCGAGCCGCACGGCAGGAAUCUGCAUCUGCGCCACGCAACUCUGUUGUUGUGGCGCCGAAGGGCCCAACGUACUCCUCGUUGGCGCAUACCCACUCAAGUGCGGCAUCAGGCGACGCACGUGGGUUUUCGGUGCCCCGGUACCAGCCGAAUCACCACCGUGGAGAAUUCUUCAACGAGUGCGAGGUUUGCUGCCGUCAUCACUGCUCUGACCACCCUGCAAGGAGCGCCGCGGGCAGGUUUGCCCUGGCCUCAUCUCGUGCCCAUUCGCACACCCGUCAACUUGCCACCCCCGUCUCUCGCAGGUCACGUGGAGCGACACCAUCGCCGCGGCAGCUGCAACACAAAGCAGGGAAAGCGACCACGCACCGUAGCCAGCGCGACCACUCCUCCUCUGCGCGACGGCCCGCUCGGCUUUGGACAUCGUCCGCGCGAAGCAUUUCCUCACCGGAUGCGGCGAAAGACGGUGACACACGGUUCGCCUCCGCGCUGCGGGGGGACCUAGCAGCUGCCUCUGCCGCCCAUGGCGAUGAGGAUCCUCACCAUGGAUGUGAUUGCCGUGGAAGACUAGGCCCAACGCGACGCUCGCGCUCUUUGCUGAGCCCAAGCACCUCCACCGUUUUGUCGCCAGAGAGCGCCUCGGAUCCGGCCGAGACCAGGGAUGAUCAAUAUCAACGGCAUCCACCCGGGAACGCCGCCCGCUCCUUGACGGAGAUGCACGGAGGUGAGGCUUCCUCCCAUGGGGCAUCGUUAAAGACGGUGGGACACCACACAGCUCCGAGGACGUCGCCGCAUCGUGCGCGGGAGAACAAGGCCACCUGGAUCACCGCUCCCAGUGCAGAGCGGCCAACACGGCGGCCCAACUCUUCCGCUUCUAAGCCUGGGACGAGGACUCCCCACAGCGUCAACUUGCGCUCGGAUGCUGUGAGAAAAUUGGCGGAUAUUGUUGCCAGAACAAAGCUCUCCGGCAAGGAGGAGUUAUAG